AUGUAUGUGGAGGUCAAACUCAUCGACUUUGGCUCGGCUGUGCUGCUGCCUCGUCGCCAGAAUGGUCAACGCAAGACGUGCCUCCAUUCCAAGUUUUACGGAACUGUCUCGUUCGCAUCUCCUGAAAUCCUGAUUGGCAAGCCCUAUCAAGCAGAACCGGCCGAAGUGUGGGCCUUGGGAGUGCUGCUCUACACAAUGCUGUUUGGAGAGGUCCCAUUUGCCAACCCAGCUAUGGCAAUUGCAGGUCGAUUCGCUAAGCCAAAGGUCCAGGUUUCGGUCAAGUGCAUGCACCUGAUCCAUUGUAUGCUUACCCCAUCGGCAUCCAAGCGCCCUACUAUCCAUCAGGUGCUGGCUCAUCCUUGGUUACGUUCGUAA